AGAGCGACGGACGGAGGGAGCGACGGACGGACGGACGGAGCGACCGGCGCCGCUGCAGUUUAACGAUCCAGCGGUGGUUGCGCUGAAGGACGAGUCCGCUCUUGCGCGUCCUUUUUGCGUUUAAAGUGCAGAGUGACGGUGUGGGUUUGCUGCAGAAAACCGGUCGGAGGAGGUGAACGGGUUCGGGCCUCUGUGGAGGAGCUGCUGUGACGUAGCAGUCCACCAACACACACAUACAUACACACACACACACACACACCGGCUGCCGCUGCGCCUGCCAGGACUGAAUGUGGGGAAAUGACCGAGAGUGACCUCAAACGAAGCGCUGUGUUUUAGCGACUGUUUUCAUUCUCAUUUCAGCCCGCACCACCUCGAAAAUGUACGCCAGCUUUUAGCUUGCUAUUACAGCGUCGGACACGUUACAUUAGGGCGUUAGCAGCUCGCACGGUUGCCUCGCCAGCUCGCAAGCGGACGCUAGCUAAUAUUAGCCGGCUAAAGCUAAAGUAGCCCGGUUACUCGUUUCGUUCCGCCGCCGAUGCUAAGCUAAGCUAGGCUAGGCUAGGCUAGCUGCUGCCAUGGAUAAAGCCAAGUCAAUGAUGGACAAGAAGGGAGCGUCGGGACCGUUUCAUGUCAACAACGGCCAGAGCCAGAGGGGCUUCCACGGACACGUCGUCGUGGCCGCCAACGGCAGCUGCUGCGGCGGCAGCGCGUUCGGCUGCCCGAGCACCGGACCCAGCGGCAGCGGCACGUUCGAAAACAUGCACCACCUGCACCGCGGCGACGAUGCCGAGUGCAACGGCUCCCCGGCCAAGAGGUGCAGGCUACGGAGGAGGACGGAGUCAGUGAGGCGGCACAGACCCCCUUUCCCCUGGUUCGGUAUGGACAUCGGCGGGACCCUGGUGAAGUUGGUGUACUUCGAGCCGGUCGAUAUCACCGCGGAGGAAGAACAGGAAGAAGUGGAAAACCUCAAGUCCAUCCGCCGCUACCUCACUUCAAACGUGGCUUAUGGUAAAACAGGUGUCCGCGACGUCCACCUGGAGCUGAGGAACCUGACCAUGUGCGGCAGGACGGGGAACCUGCACUUCAUCCGCUUCCCGACGCAGGCCAUGCCUCGGUUCAUUCAGAUGGGACGAGACAAGAACUUCUCCAGCCUGCACACAACGCUCUGCGCCACCGGAGGCGGAGCGUACAAGUUCGAGAACGACUUCAGAACGAUGGCCGACCUGGAGCUGCUGAAGCUGGACGAGCUGGACUGCCUGAUCCGCGGCCUGCUGUUCGUCGACCGGGUGGGCUUCAACGGACACCCAGAGUGCUACUACUUCCAGAACCCGUCGGACACCCAGAGCUGCGUGAAGAAGCCCUGCACACUGGACAACCCCUUCCCCAUGCUGCUCGUCAACAUCGGCUCCGGCGUUUCCAUUCUGGCCGUGUACUCGGAGAACAACUACAAACGGGUGACCGGGACCAGCCUGGGAGGCGGCACAUUCCUGGGCCUCUGCUGCCUGCUCACUGGCUGCGAGACGUUCGAGGAGGCGUUGGAAAUGGCCAGCAAGGGCGACUCUACCAACGUGGACAAGCUGGUGAAGGACAUCUACGGAGGAGACUACGAGCGCUUCGGCCUGCAGGGCUCCGCCGUCGCAUCGAGUUUUGGUCACAUGAUGAGCAAAGAGAAGAGAGACAGCAUCAGCAAAGAAGACCUGGCCAGGGCCACGCUGGUCACCAUCACUAACAACAUAGGAUCCAUAGCUCGCAUGUGCGCCGUCAACGAGAAAAUCGAGCGCGUGGUGUUCGUCGGGAACUUCCUUCGUAUCAACACAGUGUCCACUAAGCUGCUAGCCUACGCCAUGGACUUCUGGUCGAAAGGACAGCUCAGAGCCCUCUUCCUGGAACACGAGGGGUAUUUCGGGGCCGUGGGAGCGCUGAUGGAGCUGCUCAAGACGACCGAGGACCCGUGAACGGGGGGAACCCCGUCGCGACAUCAUCAACUCUCGACACGACGACGUCACCCGAAACGCCGUGAUGUCAUCGACUCCCGACGCUGUGACGUCAUCGACUUUUUUGACGCUGCUGAAAGGUCCCAUUCACAGAGGCCGCUAAAGGAACACUAAGAGAGAGAGAGAGGCAGGAACUGAGAAAAGCCAUUUUAAUAAUUAAACACGUGUAAAUAACGAUAACCUCUAACAUCCACGUCCUACAUCCCCCAGAGUCCCCCCUAUCAUAGAGGUUUUAAUAUUGUAAUCUUUAAUUUAUAGUUUCCUGUAAUCAGGUGUGUUGAUUCCUGUGAUCAGCCUGUGUCAGGAAGCACAGAGACGCAAAGUAUGUUUGUGUAUUUGUUUUUGUUACUGUGUGUUUGUGUGAUAGCUACUGUAGCAUGACGUCCUGAGGGCCGCGGCGUGCCGGGCGACUCUUUGUGCAGCAGCCGCUUCUUACUGAUGGGAUUUCUGCACAGAAAAGCUCUUAAGUGAGUCAUUUGCACCACCAGCGGCUCGAGGAAAUCCCACAGAAGCAUCAGUGGAGGGUUGCGGUUGCCUGUUUGUUGCACAAAAAGUUGCCCGCCAUGCUGCGGCGUCCUGAGGAGUGCACUGAAGCCAAAAUCCUGUCGAGAUUCAUACCUGCCUCCAUCGGCUCAGAUGGGAAGCAGAAAAACGCUCUUUCAUUCUUUCUUUUUGCUCCACUGCACAUGGCCUUUGCUUUUUUGUUUGUUUGUUUGUUUGUUUGUUUGUUUGUCUCUCCUCCGUCUGCCUACCUGUAAGCAACCCUAUCGGCACCGUAUUGCCAUGCAUGUACACCCAACCCGCUGAGCUUAGCAUUAGACCACGGGACCAAGACGUUGUCUUCCAACAGAUUAGAUCGCUGAUUUGUGUCGAGUGCAGCAACCACAGCUCGUGUUCAGGACCCAGUCUGGCUCAGCUGCUUGUGAAAUAUUAUCCGAUAUCUCCUUCCCUGUCUGUCAGACGAGGACGCUUGGAGCGCUGUUUUCUUACCCUGCUGCCUUGUUUGGAUGUUGAGGUGUGAUGUAAUGAGACGUUGGAGCUGAGCUGAGGUUUGCUCAUCGUGAGUCCUCAGCUGGUGACGUCGAUGAGGAGACGAUGAGGACCAAGAUCACCUCUGCCCCAUAGUAACCUCGUACUGUUUAUAAAACACACUCAAUGCUCACUUGCUUGCAGCAGAAUCACUUCAACUGCUGUGCUUCUAUCGCUCUGAUAAUGCAGAUAUCAUUUUUAUCCUCCCACAUCCCGUCCUUACAGGAAGAUGUACUCUAGUCGUUGUCCAGCGUCCCCCCAUCACAGACACUCUCUGCCCUGGUCAACGCUGACUGACCUUCAGAUUAAGGCUCAUUUGCAGAACUGGUCAGCGUGAACCACACUGACGUAAACCGAGGUGUGGCACAAACCCCACUUUAAAUUUGCACUGAACACGUUAAUCAGGGAAGCCAUCCGCUAGAAGAGAUCCUAGCGUUGUGUUUUUACCAGAUUUGGAUGUGCUGCUUUGGAUCUUAUAGAAUUCGGUGAAAAAGAAUCUCACCUCGUCUGCACUGAUGUGGAAGAUGUAGGAAAAUUUUACUAUGCACAGCAACAGAGGUUUCAUUAUCAACCGCUAAGUUAUUAUCAGACUGUAGCAGGUUUGGAGCAACAUGGACCGUGAGUGUAUUUCUUCCUGCAGCAUCAUAGUGCAGCCUCCCUCUGCUCAGUCCCCUCCCCUCCCAGCCUGGACCUUUCUGGCCUUUCAUCUCUUUGUGAGCAGCCGGACGGUGCAGCCUCCACCGUCCAGCUGCCUCGUCCAUCUUCAUGCCUUCGCUCUCCAGCAGAGGAACUGUGCUCUUCAGGAUGACACUACCUGUGACUGUUUGGUUGGUUUUCCUCACCACCAACACCUCGCUCAGAACUGGAGGUUUCCUUGAAGCUCCGAUAACUACGAGGCUAAAAGUCUAAACGGCUCGUAUGUUGUUAGAACUCCUGAGUCAUCAUUGAACACACUUUAACCCUGAUUGAUAUCAUGUUUGCUGCUACGCCGUUCUGUUUUCUAAGUUAAUUUGUUAAAGCACACGUGUAGGACACUUACUGGCUACUUGCGUGUUACGAGCCACACAAACUUAUUCAACAUUUGAAAGGUUUUUCCUGUGAAACUGAAAACACGUUUUUAGCUCAUCAGCCACAUUUAAAUGGACCGUCUGUGGUUCAUGUUAGUUUAUUAGCUACCUGUUGGCCUAAAUAAUCCGACUACCAUCACUUAUGCAAGCGUUAGGAGUAAAUCGAUUCGAGUGUUUUGCGAUCGUCUCCUCUGAAACACGUUUUCAAUCCUACUGUGACACACGCUGUCUUGCUUCUUUUUUCAUUUUUCUGUAUUUCAUUUGCCUUGUUCCAACUCAUGUUUGGACGACAACAGUGACCUCAACCCGUCAGGUGCCACUGGGCUCUACCACCCGGCCGCCGUCGGUCGUUCUUGUGCCACCUCCACCUUCCUUUGACUCUCACACACCCCCCCAUCAGUUGCCUUGUCAGCGUGUCGGCCUGCUUACACCGUGUCCGUGCCCUUCCUGCUCAGCUUCACCUCUGUGUUUUUGUGACGGGUUUUUACUCUACUGCUUCCUGUCUUUUGUGUUUUUGUUUGUUUGUUGAAGAUUCACAUUUACAGUCUCACGGUCCCAAGUGCAUCUUAGUGCAGAAACACUAACGUCCAGCAGUAAUGCAGCGGUUUCGGGAGCUAGUCGGAGGUUUCUGGACGGCUCCACCGCUCUUUGGAUAUCACAGAUGGUUUUUAAAAGCUAUGUCAUUUUUACUUUUAUCUCGAUGUUAUUUUUGUGGCCAGUAACAAUCAGCAAUGUGAGUUCAUGUGUUGUUCCUGUGUGAUAUGAAAGAGUACUUUUUAUUGUUUUCAGUUGGCACAACAGAACCAGUGUGACUGUUCCCCCCCCUGAAAUGUAGACCCCUGUGAGGCUGCCCACAUGUUCUCACACAGAUGUGAUGCAAGUUUCUUAUCAUCGCUGUCCUGCAGAGCGUUUUUUAUCAUGUAUGUACGGACGCCGGCGGUUUUAUCUUCUUACAACGUUGUUCACGGUUCGGCUGAUGAUCUCUGAGUUCACGUCGAGCUGUACCUGUAUGUGUUUCCAGAUCAUUCACAGUAACCUAUAAGUGUUUACAGCAGUGUUACAGGCUGUAAAUGAAAUGAAAUGAGCUCAGACGCUUUGUAUUUCUGGACCUAGCUGUUGUACUAACAUGCUGCUGCGACUCCAGUGUUUUAGACGACAGUUGUGCAAACGUGUUUUCUACGUUUCCAGUAAGAACCCAUCGUUCAGAGCAGUAUCAGAUUUGCUGAAAUGCAAAGCAGGAAUUCAGUAAGUUAGCGUUUAAGCAGCGUUUUUCUCUUUAACCAAGUGUUUUUUGGUUGCAGCUGUGUUUGGGGGUUCACUUCCCACUGGGACCACCUGUACUCACAUCACCAUGUGUUUUUUUCGGUACUGUAAGCAGCUUAGAAACCGAACGGCAAAUGUUAUGUCAUCCCGAGUGAACUCUAACCAACCAGCUAUGCAGUAACUCACCCGUCGACCUCUUUGCCCCGUCGCUCAUCUCUUCGGUACCACAACUGCUUUUUUUUUUCCCCCCCUCCUUCUGAGAAAUCCUGUUUGAAUCUUGAUGGAGAGAGUUUCUCCUCCUGAAGCUUCUGUCCUGCUCAUGUAGACGUUGACACUAUUCGAGGCGGAUGCUGCUCGUAACAGGAUGUUUCAGACCCAGAUAUGCACCAGGAGUCGAUGAGGAAGCUUUUUUCCCAUCGUGGCAGACGCUCGUCUCGGUUGCAUCUUGUUGGAUGAAUUUUUUAAAAACCGAGUCCUUCGAGUGAGAGCUGCUGUCAAACCUCCUGCGGCGUUGAAGUCACUGUGACGUGGUGUUCUUUUGGUCAAACAACCUGUUGCGUGAAACACGUCCAGCCUUUGAAACUAUCUUCUGGAAUGCUUGACUGGCAGGACAGACCUUUUCCUCCCUUGUGUAUUUGAUUGUACAGAGAUUUUUGUAAAUAAUAAUAAUAUUAAUAAUAUUAAUAAUAAUAUGAUAUAUUCUACACCAGCAAUCUGUCUGUUGAAAAAGUGGUUUUAACUGUUCAGGGCCAGGUUUCCCAAGCAUGACUCGGCAACUGGUGUUCAAUCCCAACGCAGACAGAAGACGAACCGCUUCCCUCCCCCGAUCUUUACCGACAAGUUUAUAGGAGCUGACUAGCAGAUAUUUCUAGGUUUUAACCUACAUGUGGUAUAUGAUUGGGAUGUUUCUCAUUAGGAUUAGAUGCAUUUUUUUUAGAUGUCUUUCUGUGAUUGUCUAAAGUUUCUGGCAUAAUGUGUUAAAAUCUCCCAUUGGAUAUAUAUAAAUAUAUAUAUAUAUUAUACAUUUAUUACCACUUUAAUGUCAUUUUCGCGACUCCAUUCAGCUCCAUUUAACUUUAAUUCAAAAGUAACCACGCUAAAUACGUCACACGUAACUCUGAACGCCGACGGAGAGGAGUUCGUUGGAUCAGACGUGUCCUCCAAGUCGCUCACAUGUUUUCUGUCUGCUGGAUUUCGGUGCCGGUCGGCCGCCUCGGCUCCUCUGUGAUCUGGCAAAGUUUUGGGAAGCCCAGUGCUGGUUGUUGGCGUCAGUUCAGCUGCUGCUGCUUUUAACUCUGGUUUGAAAAAAAAAAGAAAGGGUUAAAAAGAAAAUGAAUAAAUAAAUAAGGCUCCCAGCCUUGUGCAAUGUGUAUGUACUGAAGUGAAGAGGUUUUUUUUUUCUUUUUUCUAAAAAGGAAUUAAACUAAAACUGGAUGAGA